AUGGCCGAGCCGGCGCACGCGGAGGCUUGCGCUCCCGACUCGGCAUCGGACAUCAAGCAAGAGCACUACGCUCCUUUCCCCGACGGGCUCGACUUUAGCCUCUCGCCCGAUAUCGCCUUGAAGCGAUCGUUCGAUGAGGUUGGCGUGGGCGCAACCGAAAGCCCGGAAGCGAAACGAACCAAGGUAGAAGUGCAUGCCGACGAAGAUUCCCUCGAGGACGGCUUGGCACUGCUCGUCCAGAAUGCGCUCUCCAACGUUGGCGAUCUCGUCGACCAGUUCAGCCGCAUGCCCGACGUGCCAGAGACCCCAGCCAUGCCGACGAAUACGGACGUGCCCGCCUUGGACAUUGUGAAGCCUCGAGCCCUCUUCUCCUCAGACCCGCAAAGGUAUAUUCAAGAAGUGAAUUUGCAUGCCCUCGGCAACCUUGCCCUCUCUCUCCUGCUCGUCAUGGUGCAGCCGCCGCUCGACGAGACAAUAAAGAGCAUACGAAAUGCCGAAUCCUGCCACGGCCGCUCCUAUCGUCAACUCAAGCAGUCUUUUGAGCAGACCAGAAGACUCUACUCGCCGAAGCCUGUUGUUUCGGCCAACGAGCUCGAUAUGCACGACGCCAACUCCGCCGUCUUGCUCGAGCUUGCCAAUCUGGCCCAACUUGGAUCCUGGCUUGUCGAAGGUUGCCAGUCCUCGCUCGACGAAGCCGACGAAAACUUCUUGGCCAUGUUCGGCUGCCAAGUGUCGGACCUACCGGCCGGCAUGGAAGAGCUCUACCUUGGAAUCAUGACUCAAAGAGCCGUCGAAUCGCUCGUCGGGAAGCAGCCGGAAAAACCGUCGGAAGAGGUUCUCGGAGAGAUUCUGAUGUCGGGGCUCGAGGACAAGCUACGAGGCCAGCACGGGGGUGAUGAGCUCACAUCAGCCGAUCAGCAAUUUGUGUCGACGGUUCAGUCUCGAAAAGAGACUCUGCAGGGGGAGGCUGAAGAGCAGCCGGAGCCGACUGCGUUGAGGGAAAAACAUCCCUUGGAGGGGUUGUUGCGAACAUACGCCCAAUAUGUCAAGAAGAGACUUCGGUCCGUAUCGGAGCUGGCCACCAAGUUUGGCAUUUUGCUGCAAGUCGAGGACGACCCCACCAUCGAAGAACCCGAGCCGUCGUCGGUUGAGCAUGUCGAUCACGUUGCUGGCGUCGAUGUCGAUGUCGAUUUGGACGACCUUUCGUCAUUUUUUGAGAAGACGACAUCCGGCCUCGUGCAAGAUGCACUAGCUGGGCUCGCAACAUCGGAGGAGGGCAGCGCAGCAGCACCGGCGACCGAUGGCGCUCCACACUCGGCCGAGCAGACGAAUGGAGAAACGAAGAUGGAGGGUUCCUCUGGUCAGACCAAUGGCAAGGUCGACCUGAUGACCGACUACAAGGAACUGGAGGCGCUGGUCGCCGAGAGCACGUCCAACUACGUCAAGACGACCCUUCACGGUCUUUCGCCUGUUCCGUACCAGCCAACCGUUCCUCAGAGCACAACCGAGUCUAUGGCCAGUCAGCUGCCGUACCUGCACCAGCUGCAGCAGCAUCAAGCGCAGAACCCCUACUAUGCCACGUACGCGCAGCCGGCACCCGAACCGCAGGCUCAACCGCGCGCGCCCGGAGAAAAUUUGCCGCCGCAUCAGUCGUUUCCCAGCGCCAUCUUGUAUGACAAGGCCCGGCAGGCGGCGCUGUCCAAGUCAUCGGCACACACGAGGAGGGAAGGACUCCAUUCGACUCGUCGACCAUGGACCCAGGAGGAAGAGAAGGCUCUCAUGGCGGGGCUAGACAUGGUCAAGGGUCCGCAUUGGAGCCAGAUAUUGACACUGUUCGGACCGAGCGGCACCAUGUCCGACAUACUCAAGGACCGUACGCAGGUGCAGCUGAAGGACAAGGCCCGAAACCUGAAGCUCUUCUUUCUCAAGACAAAUUCGGAGAUGCCCUACUACCUGCAGGCCGUCACGGGCGAGCUUAAAACCAGAGCGCCGACGCAAGCUGCGAGAAAAGAGGCCGAGGAGCGGGCCCGGCUGACCUCGGAGGAGGACCAAGCCAAGCUGCAAGGCAUCAUGGCCCUCGCCGGUGGCCUGCAACAUCCACCGCAGGACAGGUCGUCGGGCAGCCCUGCGAUCGGCACAGGCUCCAACGCCGUGCCAACGCCUGGUCAGGCAGCUGCUGGCCAACAGACAGCCUCGGUUGCGCAACGUAACCAGCACGCACCGGCGCAGGCCACCGCUGCGCCGAACGCAUCCCCAGCUCAGGCAGCGAGGCUCGGGGUUCAGGCGACGACGCAGCAGGUCCUGCAGUCGAUGCCCUUGGCUCCUCUGCGACCACACACCCAGAGCCAUAGACCACCACAGCCGCAAGGAUACGGGAACCAGCCGCUUCACCACCAAGCAACUCAUCACUACCUGACGCAGCAGCAGCAGCAGCAGCAGCAGCAGCAACGUCAACCUGUUGCCCAGCCUAGUCCGUCACCUUCUGUCCCUCACGCGUCUCCAGGGUCUCGCAUUCAAGCUCAGAAUGGAACGCAGUUGCAAAUCGAGACGCCAGCGCAGGCACAGACACAGUCGCACAUGGUAGGCCAAGUCCCAGCUGCCGUUCCAGCCCAAACACAAGCUCGCGCCCCGAUCGAGGUCCAGACAACCCCUGUCCAGAGCCAGGGCCAUGGUCAAGCUCAGGCCCAACCUUUGUCGCAAUCGCAACCAGCUCAGGCCAAGACGCAAAACCAGGCGCAGGCCAGCCAGAGACAGGAACAAGGACCAUCCCUUCCGUCACAGCAAGCACCAUCGCAACCACAACAAGGCCAGAAUGCAGGGCAGCAGGGUGGGCCUACCAACCAAGGUCGGAGCCUGCAGACGACAGACCAAAAACAGGUCGCACAGAGCAACUCGGCAACACCAGUGGCCGCGGCCCACUCGCACGCGCACGCGCAUCCGCAGGCUCAAAACCCGCAAGCCUCCGCGUCCAAUGCACAGCAAUCUCCGCAGGCUCAGCAUACCGCCUCCGUGUCGUUGCCGACUCAAAUGCCUCUCUCCGGUGUUCCAGCGGCGGAAGGGUGCAAAUCAAAAGACGAGAUGCAGCACAACGAUAAUGCUGCCGAGGCUGCCUUGCUCGAGGGCCUCCAAGCUGCCGUGGCGCAGAGUUUAUCAUGA